AUGGCUUUCACUCGCUCACUCGGCCUUCACGAACCGUCCGCCGUCCCAUACUUAGUCGCAGAAGGAAUAUUGCCUCCCGAUCCUUCAGAUGAUCAAUAUCAAUGGACAACAUGUAUUGAUGAGAGUGGGCUAACAGGCCCCGCGGACGAUGAGCUAGUAUGGACAAAACAUUGUGCAGUAUGGUCUCGCGCAGGGAUAGUGAAAAGAGUAUUCCGAAUGGAUCCAGAGAAGGAAGAAAUUCGACAUGCAUUAUUUACUCAAUUUGUGGCCAAUCACGUCCAACGACCUGGCGAAAAUAACAACCAUAAUCGGUCUCGUGCUACAGGUAUGGGAGCGACAACGAACACACAAGGAAGACAAGGCAAGCGAUCCGGGAAAGAGUCAGCAGAUAGCCACCUUGGCUCAACCUUGGAUCUGUCAGGGGACGGCAAUUUUCCUGUCGUGGCUUCAAAUGAAUCUCAAGAGAAGCUAGCAAGAGCUUUGGUCGUGGUCCUUAAGUCACAGGCCCAUGUCUUCUUCGUUGCAGGUAACAGCCACACAAUUCCUCUUCCAUUCGAGGUUGAGUCUGUAUUUGCAACGCCUCGUGGGAUCCUAUUUCAAAGAAAAAUCGUGGACGAUAAUGCAGAACGUCAGCAUCAAAUAGCACCGCCAAAUUCAUUUAUGACUACUUCGCUAUUCGACCCUGGCGCCUCGCAAUCUGGCAUACCACCACCGCCACCCAACAAGAGCAAAGGCCCUGCUCUCAAAUUGUCUUUUCCUAAAAGCUCCCCGUUUCCGUCAAGCUCUAGUUCAGGCACAGAUCUUCCUCGAGUCUUCUCAUUAAUCGAUCCGCACUCCGAAAUGGGUCUGGUUGUUACUUCGCAGUCUUCUCGCUGGCUGCAGAGCAGCGUAGGCAGCGGCAAACGAAGACCAUCGGGGCUUGAUGUUCUGGAUCCAGCGGAUGAAAUUAUCUACAUCUCUUCCAAGGAUGAGCUCUCCGGCUUGAACCAAAUCCACGUAAAUCCUUUGAUUUUGGUGGUUACAACGAACUCCACCACGGGUCUCUAUACAGUUUGGACGGCUCGAUAUAGGGAAGAUGAAAAAAGUGCUGCAGUCAAAGACAAGACUCGACGACAAACCGAAGGCGCCCGAUCGAACAGGCGAAGCUCUCACUUCGGAUUGACACCGGGUGCUGCCACUCCUGCUGCACGCCCAGCAAGAGAAAGCUUCGGCCCUUGGACAGAGAACUGGAACGCGUCCCAACCGCCCGACUUGAAAAAGGACGGCGAGGAAGAUUUAGCGGCACGAGUCGCACAAGACUUUGGUGAUGUCGGGGUUCCACUCAAGACCUCUAGAAGGGUCAGCUCGUUACUUGCUCGAACGGAUUUAGCCACCAGCCAGGACCGUAUCACAUUUUCGGACUUAGCAACCGGCAGUCAGAGCAGUACUAUGCACCAUGGUGGCCUCAGGCGAUCCAUAGGGCCUGGCAGUAUGCGUGGAAGCUUUGGAUUCAAUCCUCGAGGAUCGAUUCCCCCUGCAGCAGGGUCGACGUACAGCACUGCUGGCAGCUUUGCGGACGCCCCUGUAGAUAGACUACUCGAGGAACUGAAUAGUGAUAUUCUUUCGGAGGGGUUCGAGAACAUUGCUCUCCGUGAAUCUGCAUCAGGAUUACCAGAGGAGCUUCUACUCACCAAGGUGGAGAGUUUCUCUUCCAGAUUUUCCGAAAAUUUCAGCUCAUCUAUGCAUCAAACAGUAUCAGGUCACCUGAAAGUCUGUACGUUGUCCUCAUCUGACUACGGAAAGUCACAAAGUGGAAAUGCUACUUCAGUCGCAAUUUGCAUCGUGGAUCGAAGCUCACGCGCCAUGACUGUUGUAAACUUACGGGCAGAACGUGUGGCCGUGUCGAAGAACCGAAAGUUUGUGUCUGCAAAACCCAAGGCCCAAAGCUCUGAGAGGCGACCACUGCUUGUCCAUGCAACAGGUAUCCAGCAUGUCCCAAAUGUGGGUGAUGUCUGUAGAGUCAGUGAUGGUGAAAUUUCAAGAAUUCUCACUCUUGGCGUGUCCGAUAGUGGACAACGAGAAUUUUCAUUACAAACCCUUUGGGGUAGCCCGACAAGAAUCGAUGUUCCAACUCCAUUGCAACUGUAUGAACCCCAUGGCAUAUCUGCCAACAAGCUUAUGAACCGGUCACGGGAGAGCGGCGUCCACAGGGUCAUGGCCGACCAAGGUCUGGUCUUCUUGGAAUUUGAUCAUGCUUGUUCCAAAGGCAAAGUCGAUAUAAUAGAUUCAGAGAAACGACGUCACAGACUUCAAAUCCGAAUGGAACCUCGAAAUGAUCUUGUAAAGAAAGUCCUAAAGGUCUGCAAAUUUGUUCUUCGUGAUUCUGAAAAGGCCGGUGAAGGCAUGCUUGUUGCUUGGUGGGAAGUGAUGAAAUGGCUUCGAGGUAAAGAAGACAUCGAGAAUGAUCUUGAGUGGACAGCUAUGGUUAUCGUCUUGUUUUCGUUGGCAGUUCCAUUCAUUCAAGAGCCACAGAGUCUGCCAGUCAAACGAACGCGUCGGAAGAAGGGUCUUCUUCGAUCCAGCAGUGGGACGUAUGUGGAUCUUGAAAGCUGGGAAUCCAUGCUUGACCUUGAGUCUGGUGCAUCUGGUGUCGCUCCCCCAUGGAUGAUGAAUAGCUCUUGGGGAUGGAUCGUCGAAAAAGACGCUAUCGAAGGCCUAGCUAAUAAAGAUGCAUCUCGCGCUUCAAAAACCGAGAACCUCAACGCAAGUCGGUCCACGUGCCGCCAAAAUUCAUACCUGAGCCGAUGUGUGUCGCUGAGCCGUGACUUUCUUCAAAGUCCAGAAGGAAGCAGGGCAUCUGGGUCUGACGGCUUUCUACCUAUUUCUGAGGCUUUUCCCGAAAAUACAAGGUGUACGGCAUUGGGCACCAUACUGGUCGGUCUACAUCUUCUCCGAGAGGAACAAAAACUCUCCAUUUACGACGCUGAGGAAUCUCAACGCCCUCUUGGUCUUCUUGCUCCCGUUCUAGCGCAGCUUGGUGGAUGGAUAGGCUGGCAAUCCUGGAAGUGGACUGCAGAUGCAUACUACGGCACUGAAAUGGCCAGUAUAGAGCGUUGGCAGUUUGAAGACAGCCAAAUUUCCUUACUCAACGUUCCCCCGGAGCCCUUCUCUCCUCCAUCAAUCUUCGCUUUCCUCCUUGAUGGUUCUCUUCAACCCGUUACCUCGUUCCUCACCCUUCUUGAUGUUGUCAGUGCACCAGAUCGGGCCCCCAGAAAGGGACGAAUGUGGAAAGAAUGUUUCAGCAUCACGCCCAGGACGUUAGCCUUGAUUGGCUUCCUUUCCGAUGCUCACAAAGCCUCAGCUCCACUGGAAAAGAUCAAACUCUUACAUCGCUGGGGCUUCACAAAAAGCAUCAUCGAUACUUUCCCCGAAGGCGUGAGUGCACCUUUAUACGAGGCCAUCAUGCAAUGCCAGAUUGAAGCGUCGACCUCUUGGAAUGCAACACUUUUAGAACUCAUUGACCGCGAGGAUCUCUACAUGUCAAUGAAUCCAGUUCAUGCCCAAUCAUGCGGAGCACCUCAACCGCCGGUAAUAUCCCAUGAUGCGACCCGAGACUUUCAUAAUAUCAGUUCCUCGGCUCUGGAAAUUGACCCCAUUAAUGCAUUCGAGGCAUCUGCGGAGGCCGAUCGUUUUUCAGUUACUCGUCUGGUCUUUCGGGAAGACAAGCGCUUUUUAGAAGCAGCACGCCUCUUAAACCAGUCUAAAGCACCUAUAGCAGAUUGCGUUCCGGAGCCUGAUUGGACGGAGUCUGACUUACUCGAGGCGCAGAAGGAAAUUGUGCAACUCGUCUCAUUUAGGACCUUGUCUACUCCCGCAGGCCGUGCCAUGCUUUCAUUCAGUGGUCGAUUACCUUUGUUAACAGAGAAAUUGCCAAUCCCGUCCUUCUCUCUGCAGUGUGUGAUGAAACCAUCCAACGUGACCGUCAGCGCUGAAAGAACUGCGUUCACCGAGGAAAAGGUCUGCUGGGCAUUCUUCCACAACGGCGUGUCCACCGGUCUCGCCAUCUCUAAGGCUUCUAAGGGAAUCGACACCUCGUGGAUAUUGUUCAACAAGCCCCAAGACCUGACCAACCGCCAUGCCGGAUUCCUGCUUGCGCUCGGUCUCAAUGGUCAUCUCAAGUCUCUAGCCAAAUGGGUUGCUUUCAAGUACUUAACUCCCAAACAUACAAUGACCUCCAUUGGCCUCUUGCUCGGUCUUUCUGCAUCAUACAUCGGAACCAUGGACACGCUCAUCACCCGACUACUGUCAGUGCAUGUUACUCGGAUGCUGCCCAUUGGAGCCGCAGAGCUUAAUCUAUCGCCUCUCACCCAAACCGCUGGUAUCAUGGGAAUUGGUCUGCUUUAUUGUGGCUCUCAGCAUCGACGCAUGAGCGAAGUGAUGUUGUCAGAAAUUGAGAAUGUCGGUCAGGAUGAACAAUCCGGUACUCAAGAUGACCUACGGGAUGAAGGCUACCGUCUGGCUGCCGGAUUCGCUCUAGGUUUCAUCAACCUGGGCAAGGGCAAAGAUCUAAGGGGAAUGCGUGACAUGCAUAUCGUUGAGCGCUUGCUCGCAAUUGCAGUUGGGACUAAGAAUGUUGAUCUGGCGCAUGUACUAGACCGCGCUACAGCAGGAGCGACAAUUGCGCUAGCUAUCAUCUUCAUGAAGACUAAUGAUGCAACACUGGCUAAGAAAAUCAACAUUCCCGACACCACAGUACGGUUUGACUAUGUCCGGCCAGAUCUCUUCCUUCUGAGAACAUUGGCGCGACAUCUCAUCAUGUGGGAUAGCAUCAAGCCAACUAUCGAAUGGAUCAAGGAAAGCCUCCCGGGUGUGUAUCGAAAGAGGUUCCGUCUCAUGGCUGUGGGCCACCUUCGCAGCGAAGAUAUGCCUUUCUUCAACAUCAUUGCUGGCAUUUGCUUAGCCCUCGGCCUUCGCUAUGCCGGCUCUGGUGAAACCCAGGCAAGAGACCUGUUGCUGUACUACAUGGACCAAUUCAUACGCAUUUCACGGCUACCUGUUGUAAAUUAUGAUGCAAAGCUGGCGCGCAACUCUGUUCGCAAUUGUCAGGAUGUGGUGGCUCUCUCUGCGGCAGCUGUCAUGGCCGGUACGGGUGACUUGGCUCUAUUCAGGCGCCUGCGCUCUCUUCAUGGAAGGGUCGACCCUGAUACACCUUAUGGUAGCCACAUGGCUGCUCAUAUGGCGAUUGGAAUGUUGUUCCUCGGCGGAGGUAGCCAUACGCUUGGCACCUCAGAUCUGGCCGUUGCUUCACUUCUUUGCGCAUUUUAUCCAAUCUUCCCAACCACUGUUCUUGAUAACAAAUGCCAUCUUCAAGCUUUCCGUCAUCUAUGGGUACUUGCUGCAGAGACUCGUUGUCUCGUGCCACGCGACCUUGAUACUCGUCGCCCAAUCUCCAUUCCCAUCACUAUCACAUCUCACGUUGGCUCACUCAACACCGUCCAUGCCCCCUGUAUUCUGCCAGAUCCUAGCACAAUUUCACGAAUUGAAGUUCGAGGCCCGAAUCACUGGCCACUCGUGCUUGAUUUCAGCCAGAAUGAUGCUAUUCGUGAUAAGUUCCGCUGUGGCGAUCCAUCCGUGUAUCUUCGGCGCAAGGCAACAUACGGGCCAUCCGAUUCAUCAACCUCUGUAUUCGCUUCGACACUCACUGGAUUGAGCGAGGCCCAAGACAUUAUGCCUGCUCCUGCAAUCGCAGGGACCGACCCAGCUAAGGGUUUGCCGCAGUCUAUCUUGCACAACAAUGCCUUGAUUCCCGGAUCCGUGUCGGCAUCAAGCACACCCUCACAAACGCCGUGGGAUUGGAUCUUCCAACUCACAUCUCUUCAAGACCUUGAUGUCCGUGAUCGCUCUCUCGUUCUCCCAUCUUCUUUCCCCACUCCUUCCCCUCGAAUAUCUACACAGCUAGUUACAUCACCUCCUUGGCUCCGUACAUCAGCUGUCGAUGCUCGUCUCGCUCUAUCACAGAUUGUGCGCAAUGUUGUUCAAUCUACGCGUGGCCGUGGCGCUGACGCAGAUGAGAUUCGUGAUCAUGUCUGGCAGCUCAGGCUUUUGUUCGACUGGCUUGAUCGUUCAGAUAGUAAUGGCGAUGAUAAUUUGUCUUCUUAUCUGCAAAAUCAGUUGCAAACAAAAGCGUCUGGUCUAUGGCUGAGGAAGGACUUUGUUGAGGAGGCUAGAUCCUUGAUAUGGGGUGUACAGAUUGAGGAUCAGGGCAUCUCUACUGGCUCUCAAUCAUGA